AUGCCUUCAGGCGCUGCGUUCCUGUGCAGCUUCCUUCCAGCUGUUGGGGUAAAUGCCGGCCUGUCUCAUGUCGCGACUACAGACAGCUUGAAUCGUAUAGCUGUGCUGAUCCCAUGUUGUUUGGGUUCCCUUAUUGUGGGUGGAAAAGAGUCUACCCCACACAGCCGACCCUACCAGGUGGCCUUAAUGAACAGUAACAAAGAAAGAUAUUGUGGUGGUACUUUGGUUCACGAGUCUUGGGUUGUCACCGCUGCACACUGCUAUUACCCUAAAAAUGGUCAGGAUGCGUGGGUUGGUCUUGGAUAUCAUAAAAUUAACGAACACGAUGGCCCUAAUCAGAAGUUUGCCAAAGGAAAUUGGAUAAUUCAUGAACAUUAUUUGGAUUACAAUCUGCAUAACGACAUCGCCUUGAUUCAUCUUGACACACCCGUCUCUAUAAACAGCGACGUUCAAGCUAUCGGCAUCGCUUCAAGCGAGCCCAAUAAGGGAUUGGAACUGCUCGUUAGCGGCUGGGGAAACCGUGACCCAAUGCUACGAAAUUGGACCCAGAAUGAAAGGCCUACCCACCAGGUCACACACGUCAGUUACACACUUCCCGGGACUGGAUACUUCCAUCUGAUUGUAUUCUCAAAUAAUUUUGUCAUUAAAGCAAGCACCUGGGAUCCUGCUAUCGAGCUGAAUGAGGUGGUUGUAUACGCAAACAGUCAUCAGGAGUGCGUUGCCGCUUAUAACACCAUGAUCACUAAUAGCAUGUUCUGUGCCAGUGUGCAAGGAGGAGGUAAAGACGCCUGCCAGGGUGACAGCGGUGGACCAAUCGUCAGUAACUUCGCCGCGGACUCCCAUCAGGCUGGUGUACUGCUUGAGGGUAUUGUGAGCUGGGGCUUGGGCUGCGCAGAGGCCGCGCAUCCUGGAGUCUACACAAAUAUAUCCAACUACUGUAACUGGAUGAACAAGAAUUCCAAUGGCGAAAUCGUUUGCGUGUAAUACAGAUACGCUGUGCACAUGUUUUAUUAAGAGCCAACAACCACUUUGCUUUCCGAAGAAGCCGCCGUUGGAAUACACGGCAAACAAGUGUUCAUGUCUCAAGUGGUUUAACGUGUAAUGUUUUAUCAUUUAAAUUAAAAUCAUAC